UAGCGGAACAGAGCGCGGUCCGGAGAUUGCCUCAGACGGUGAAUCAGGGUUUCCUCACUCGGGGAAGGCGGCAGCGCCUAAUAAAAGCCUCCUGGGCCCGGGGCCGGCACCAGUGCUGACUUCCUGCUACAGCUCCACACCUGUGCAUUGCAGCGAAGGUUAACGCACACCGGGAAGAUGACCAAGCUGGAGGAAUACCUGGAGGGCAUCAUCAACAUCUUCCACCAGUACUCGGUCCGGGUGGGAAACUUUGACACCCUCUCCAAGGGGGAGCUGAAGCAGCUGAUCACAAAGGAGCUCGCCACCACGAUCAAGAACACCAAAGAUCAACCCACCGUUGACAAGAUAUUCCAGGAGCUGGAUGCUGAUCGAGAUGGGCAGGUCAACUUUAAUGAGUUCGCGUCCCUGGUGGCCCAGGUGCUGAAGACCGCCCACGUUAACAUCCACAAAGAGUAGCGCGCUCCGAGGCGCUUUCCCCAGCCAGGCCCCCGAGCAGAGCGAGAGCUAAUAAAUGUACCCUUGACAAGUUC